AUGGUGCCCGCCGUCACGGUGGCCUCCGGGGUCUUAUCGUGCUCCACCUGCCUCGCCAGCCCGAAGUCCCCCAGCCGCGCCUGCAAGUCCUCGUCGAGCAUCACGUUGCUGGACUUGACGUCCCUGUGGAUGACCUGCCGCUCGCACUCCCGGUGGAGGUACGCCAGCGCCGACGCUAUCCCUGUCAGGAUCCUCCGCCGGUGGCGCCAUGAGAGAACCUCGCCGGAGGAUCUGGGUUCGUAG